AUGGUAUUGAAAGCAGUUGUGCUGCUGGUCUGUGCUGUGGGCAUCAGCACAUUCCCUAUGGAAGAACCUGAAGAUGGAGGCAAGCACUGGGUGGUGAUUGUUGCAGGUUCAAAUGGCUGGUACAACUAUCGACACCAGGCAGAUGUGUGCCAUGCCUACCAGAUUGUACACCGAAAUGGAAUUCCAGAUGAACAGAUCAUUGUCAUGAUGUAUGAUGACAUUGCUGAUAACGAUGAAAAUCCAACAAAAGGCAUUGUCAUCAACAGACCUAAUGGCACAGAUGUGUAUGCUGGAGUGCCCAAGGACUAUACGAAGGAGGAUGUUACUCCAAAGAAUUUCCUUGCUGUACUCAGAGGAGAUGCAGAAGCACUGAAGGGGGUGGGAUCAGGAAAAGUAUUAAAAAGUGGUCCCAAGGAUAAUGUGUUUGUUUAUUUCACUGACCAUGGAGCUCCAGGACUUCUGGCCUUCCCUGAUGAUGAUCUUCAUGUCAAGGACUUGAAUAAGACUAUUUGGUACAUGUAUCAUCACAAAAAGUACCGGAAGAUGGUGUUUUACAUUGAAGCAUGUGAGUCUGGAUCUAUGAUGAAUCAUUUGCCUGAUAAUAUCAAUGUUUAUGCAACAACAGCUGCCAAUCCCCGGGAGUCAUCUUAUGCGUGUUACUAUGAUGAGGAAAGGCAGACUUAUCUUGGGGACUGGUACAGUGUUAAUUGGAUGGAAGAUUCAGAUAUGGAGGAUCUAAGAAAAGAAACUCUCCACAAGCAGUUUCAGCUGGUGAAGAAACGCACUAACACCAGCCACGUGAUGCAGUAUGGAAACAGAACCAUAUCUUCCAUGAAAGUGAUGCAGUUUCAGGGCAAGGGGAAGAAAGCUGUCCCCAUUUCUCUGCCACCUGUAGAACACUAUGACCUGACACCUAGUCCUGAUGUGCCUUUUGCAAUCAUGAAACGAAAGCUGAUGGCUACUAAUGACAUUUAUGAGGCUAAGAAGAUUGCUGCAGAGAUGAAAGCACACCUGGAGGUGAAAGAAUUUAUCCAAGAAUCCAUGAGAAAGAUAAUCACCCUAGUAACAGGAUCAAAAGAACACACCGACAAAAUUCUGUCAGACAGACUGACCAUCAGCAAUUAUGACUGCUACCAGUCAGCAGCAAACCACUUCAAAGUUCAUUGCUUCAACUGGCACUUAGCUGUGUAUGAAUAUGCACUGAGACAGCUGUAUGCCUUGGUCAACGUUUGUGAAGGAGGAUACCCCAUUGACAGAAUAUGCCUGGCCAUGGAUAAAGUGUGCCUUGGAUAUUGAUGGAAAUCAGUCCCUACUACAACCCUUACUACAAGCGAUAACUUUUCAUAACUGUAAUGAUCCAGACUCCAUAUGCAUGCAACAUGAAGAGUCAGCCGUGGUACUGGAGCUGUGCUGGGGGUUGAAGCACCUGACCAUGAGCAAUCCCCACCUGUUGACAGGUUUGACAGAGGUAUUUUGGCAGACCACCUGGAGCUUUCAAGAUGGUUGAUUUAUUUCAGAGCUCAAUGCUCUUAAGAAUCUCUGGAUGAACACUACAAGCCAACUAUCAAUGAUUGCUAAAUUUAAACAUUGAGUCAUUAAUUCUGGAUUUUUUUUUUAUAUUAUGGUUAACUAUUAGCUUUUUAAAAAAUGAAUGAAUUCCAUUGCAGUGACUAAUUUGCAAAGUGGUUAAAGAAUGAAGAAACCAAAGCUUGUUCUUUAAGCUUUAACUCCUUAACAGCUUAAAGAAAUUUGUAGCAUUCAGUAACUAUUGGAUGUGAACAGCACAGUUAAACUGUGAAUGGUAGAAGUCUGUGUGGGUAGAAAGCACUGUUUUCCAAAGAAAAACAUAAAUAUCUAAUGCUGUAAAUUUAGCACCAGUAUGCUAUAAUUCAAUAUAUAUACACAUGAACUUGUGGGAAGUCAGAGUACAGGAACUGGCUGUGA